AAAACAAAAAACUUGAAAAAAAUUAAAUACAAAAAAAGGGUAAAAAAAAAAAAAAAAACAAGGAAGAGCAAGAGAGAGAAAGGUGAGAAAUGCUUGCGAAGGAAUCGGGUGGUUCGAACUUCGAUCUUCCCGAGGAAGUGUUGCAAGUACUGCCGUCGGAUCCUUUCGAGCAGCUCGAUGUGGCCCGCAAAAUCACGUCCGUUGCGCUCUCGACACGUGUCUCUGCCCUGGAAUCAGAGUCGUACGCUCUGCGCGCCAUGCUCGCCGAGAAGGACCAGCUCAUCGCCGAGCUCCAGGCGCAGGUUGAGUCCCUCGACGCCUCGCUCUCCGAGACCGCCGAUAAACUCGUCCUCGCCGAGCAGGAGAAGGAGGGCUUGGUGAAAGAGAAGGCGUUGCUCUCCAACACUGUGAGGAAGCUGAACAGAGAUGUCUCAAAGUUGGAGGUGUUCAGAAAGACGCUUAUGCGAUCACUUGAAGAGGAGGACGAAAAUUCUACCGGAGCUUCGGAGGCUGUUGCUAAGCCUAAGAUACAAACCCAAGAGAACUUAUCUUCUAAACCACAAGCUGAAGUUGGAGUAGUUUCAGAAGGUGAUGUCCCAUUUGCCACAUUGCCGCCUUCGAGGGCAUCUUCAAUCCGUAGCCAGCACUCUGAAACAGGAAGCAUAUUUUCGGAGGAUCGUGACACUGAAGCCGAAAGACCUCGCAUAUCACCGGGCCUCCUGUUGGCAUCCCAAACUAGCACACCUAAGCUCACUCCUCCUGGUUCUCCUCCAGUCUAUUCUGCAUCCACAUCCCCAACAAGAACAUCGAAACCUGUGUCCCCUAAGCGGCACUCCAUGUCAUUCACCACCUCAAGAGGCAUGUUUGAUGACAGAUCUUCUGUGCCUUCAAGCCAUCACAGCUCUGAAUAUGGAAGAACUCGGGUGGACGGGAAAGAAUUUUUCCGCCAAGUCAGGAGUCGUUUGUCUUACGAGCAGUUUGGUGCAUUUCUGGCUAAUGUUAAGGAACUAAAUGGCCACAAGCAAACAAAGGAGGAGACUCUGCAGAAGGCUGGUGAGAUAUUUGGCCCAGAUAACAAGGAUCUAUAUGCUAUAUUCGAAGGCUUAAUCAGUCGCAAUGUCCACUAAACUCCCUUGACAAUUUAAGCUUUGCACACGUCAGUUUCACCACUUCCAUCUGUUUUUGCUGUAAAUUAAAUGUGAAUUAAAUCUGUGCUAAAACCAUUAUUUGAACUCCUGGUACUGUAUAGCUGAAGAUGACUUACAUUGCGAGAGCUGGAAAAUGAAUUUUUUCAUCA